AUGGCGCAAGAUAAAAGGGGCGGCCGAUGACGAAAAAAUGAUGACGCUCUUUAAAAUGGUUGACUACAAAUCACAUUCGGUAUUAAUCGUCUGAGUCAAAUAUGAAGUUAAACUGAGAGGAAUGCAACGUGCAAAAGGACAAAUAAGUUCAGGAAACAGUAGAGAAAUAAAAGAAGAAAGAUUGGAUAGGUGGGGAACACAACCAAAUCAGAUAUACAAUUCUACAAUGGCAGCUACUUCAAGUAUGCCAGCAGACAACACAAUUUAUCCAAAUUAUUUUGCUUAUUCAUGUCAAGGACUAAAUGAGGGAGCAUGGAAUAACAGUGGUGAUGCAUUUACCUAUUUAGGAGGACAAAUAGGAAGAGAUCCUCAUUAUUUAGAUGGAUUAGUUACUCCCUCAAGUUAUAAUAAUUAUCCUGGAUUUGCUUAUUUUUCUACAGGAAGUGAUUAUUCAGCAGCCUGGGGUAGUUCUAUUGCACCCAGAAAACCAAAUGCACAAGGUGAUAUUCAUGAAGACUAUUUUGCUCGUAGUAUAUAUAAUUCACCACCAUAUCCAACACCAAUGAAACAUAUAGAACAUCGGAUGGAAGGUUUAUCUUUACAGACUCCUCAGAAUAAUCAUUAUUUUCUUAAAGAUAAUUAUGGGAAAGCAGAUUUAAUGACAAUAACUGAUAAUCACAUUAAUAAUCAUUUUGGGAAAAAAGCUGGUAAUUUUCCAUUAAAUUCUGGAUUCUCUUUAAAUGAACAAUUUAUUAUACCAAAAAAGAUAUCUUUGGAAUCUGUUGCAAAAAAGCCUGUUAAAUUACAAACAAAAUCAAAAUCAAAAUCUGCAACCCACACAUCAGUAUUAUCUGCUAAACAUAAUUCUGCCAGUAUGGACAUUGGUACCUGGGAGAAUAAGAAUGGAAGUAAUGAAGGAAAUACUACAGGAUCAGCAGACAAAGUAGAAUUAUCCACAUGUACAACUAAAGUUCAUUCUAGUCCUUGGAAUUCACCUAGAGGAAAUAAACAUAAACAUUUUGACUUACCACAGUCGAAUGUUGAAAACAGUGGACAUUCAAAACCUGUUUUAGAUAAACUUCAGAAUGAAAAUAACUACAAUCCUAAAGAAUUUGAUCUUAAUCCUAAAAAUGCACGAUUCUUUAUUAUUAAAUCUUAUUCUGAAGAUGAUAUACAUCGUUCAAUUAAGUAUUCUAUUUGGUGUUCUACAGAACAUGGAAAUAAACGUUUGGAUAAUGCUUUUCGUGAAAAUGCAGGAAAAGGACCAAUAUAUUUGUUUUAUAGUGUUAAUGGAUCAGGACAUUUUUGUGGAAUGGCUGAAAUGACAUCACCUGUUGAUUAUAAUUCAAACUCUAAUAUAUGGGCACAAGAUAAAUGGAAAGGACAAUUUGAAGUCAAAUGGAUUUAUGUGAAAGAUGUUCCUAAUUCACAUCUACGCCAUAUUCGUUUAGAAAAUAAUGACAAUAAACCUGUGACUAAUUCACGUGACACACAAGAAGUACCUCCAGAUAAAGGAAAGCAGGUAUUAAAAGUUAUUCAUUCAUAUAAUUCAUUGACUUCUAUCUUUGAUGAUUUCAAUCAUUAUGAAAAAAGACAACAAGAGGAUGAAAAAAGAAAGACAAGAAGUGGUCCCACAAGGCACUCUCAAGGUCGAUAACAUCCCAUCAAAAUACAUAGGUUUAAUAUCUACAAAAUACAACUUUAAUAUCUACAAAAAAUUUGUACAGAGAUUUUGGCAUACUUUAACCAUAUGACAACGAACCUUAUCUAUAUACUCGUGUGUUUUUGGUGCAGUUUUUGUUUUUCUCAAAGUGUCAUUCAAUAAACUUUCUUCUUUGUUUGGAAUGUUUAUACAUAUGUACAAUUACAUAUAUAUAUAGCAACAAAAGCAAUAUCAGUUUCCAUUGUUGUUCUUGUUGGACCUAAAUAGUGUACUGAAAAUUUUCUUUCUAUAGAAGAAAAUAUAUAUUUAAGCAAUUAGAGAAGAACAUUGUUGUUAUCAAAGAAACCGUCCAUAGUAGUAGUAUAUCUUAUUUGCAAAAAAUUUGUCCAUUUCAGGGAUUGUUGAUUUGAUUGCAUUUUGCAACAGUACCAAGUAAAGAUUAUAUCAUUUUAAAUAUGAAAAAAAUGUUUUCUUGGGAUUUUUAUCAAAAGUCAAAAUACCAUUUGUAUGUAUAUCAAAGUUUAAUUUGAUAAAAAAAAAACAACAAAAAAUUUGUUUAUCAUUGUUAGUGUUUUAUUUUGUUUGCAAGAAUCAAAAUAUAUAUAAAAAAAAUGUAUUUUAUUUUUUGAUUUCAAACCAAAUAUACAAGUAUAUAAAUAGACUUUUCAGUUCUAUAUACAGUUUAAAUGAAUUGAUUUAAAAUAUUUGUUUAACUUUAAAGAAAUUCAUGAUACAUUUGUUGUACUUGAUAUUGGAAAAGUGUUGGCAAUUAAAA